AUGGCUGCGUCUUGGUGCGCCCUUCGGGGUUCUCGACAGCUGGCUCUGCGCACGCGGGUGCGCGUAGCCCCCUCGCCCGUCGCUCUGCGGAGAGCGUCUCCUCUCUCGCCAUCCCUUGUUUCUUCCCGCGGGGUGAACACCUCGGCUCCACAGUCGCCGGCGCGUCGACCGGUAUACACCAGCUCGGUCGCGGACCACGGCGUCUCGCAUCCCCGCGAUGUCUUUCAGCCCCUCGAUACCUUCCCCCGUCGUCACAUUGGCCCCUCGCCGGACGCCGCGCGGGAAAUGCUGGCCACCCUGAACCCCCCGGUGGCGUCCCUGGACGAGUUCGUCAAGCAGGUGCUGCCGGCCGAUAUCCUGUCCCAGAAGGACUUGACGGUGACGCCGCCGCACGCGGGGGCGAACCUGGCGCGGGAUAGCGCGCACGGUGGCCUCGGCGAGACGGACAUGCUGAAGCUGCUGGAGACCUACCGCGAGCAGAUCGACGUCAAGGGCAAGGCGUACCUGGGCACGGGCUACUACCCCACCAUUGUCCCCCCCGUCAUCCUCCGCAACAUCCUGGAGAACCCCGCCUGGUACACCAGCUAUACCCCCUACCAGCCCGAGAUCAGCCAGGGCCGUCUCGAGUCCCUGCUGAACUUCCAGACUCUGACGGCGGACCUGACCGGUCUUCCGUUCGCCAAUGCCUCGGUCCUGGAUGAGGCCACCGCUGCUGCGGAGGCCAUGACCAUGUCGCUGGCGAUCCUGCCCAUGAACAAGCAGAAGAAGCCCGGCAAGGCGUACGUCGUGUCCGACCGCUGCCACCCGCAGACCCUGGCGGUCAUGCGUUCGCGUGCCGAGGGCUUCGGGAUCAACCUGGUCAUCGGAGAUGUCCUGGCCAACGACUUCCAGCUGGUCAAGGACCAGGGCGACAACCUGAUCGGUGUCCUGGCCCAGUACCCCGACACGGAAGGCGGCAUCUUCGACUUCCAGGCGCUGGGCGACGCCGCCCACGCCGCGGGCGGCACCUUCAGCGUCGCCACCGAUCUCCUGGCUCUGACCGUCCUGAAGGCGCCCGGCGAGUUCGGCGCCGAUAUCGCCUUCGGUAGCGCCCAGCGCUUCGGUGUGCCCAUGGGGUACGGUGGUCCCCACGCCGCCUUCUUCGCGUGCGCCGACAAGUACAAGCGCAAGGUGCCCGGUCGCGUCGUCGGUGUGUCCAAGGACCGCCUGGGCAACCGCGCCCUGCGGUUGGCCCUGCAGACCCGCGAGCAGCACAUUCGCCGCGAGAAGGCCACCAGCAACAUCUGUACCGCGCAGGCCCUGCUCGCCAACAUGAGCGCCAUGUACGCCGUCUACCACGGUCCCGAGGGUCUCAAGGCCAUCGCGCAGCGCAUCAUGUCCAUGACCCUCACGCUGCAGACCAAGCUGGCCGCCUUGGGCUACAACGUGCCCAUCAAGGGCAACUCCGCUGACGGCGGCGCCGUCUUCGACACGCUCGCCGUCGAGCUCUCCAGCAGCCAAGAGGCCGACGCUCUGAUCGCCGCCGCCCGUGAGCGUCACAUCUUCCUCCGCCGCGUGAACCCCACCAAGGUGGGCAUCUCCCUGGACGAGACGACGGGCCGGGAGGAGGUCCAGGCCGUCCUGCAGGUCUUUGCCGCGCAGGCCUCCCGCGGCCCCGUCGCCCUCGACGAGGAGAUCGGCCUCGCCCCGGUCCCCGCCAGCCUGGAGCGCACGUCGUCCUUCCUCACCCACCCCGUGUUCAACACCCACCACUCGGAGACCGAGAUGCUGCGGUACAUCCGCCACCUCGAGUCCAAGGACCUCUCCCUGGCCCACUCCAUGAUCCCGCUGGGCUCCUGCACCAUGAAGCUCAACGCGACCUCCGAGAUGAUCCCCAUAUCGUGGCCCGAGUUCUCCCAGAUGCACCCCUUCAUGCCCGCCGACGUGGCCCAGGGCUACACCCAGAUGAUCGCCGACCUGGAGCAGCAGCUCUCCGACAUCACCGGCAUGGCCGAGGUGACGGUGCAGCCCAACUCGGGCGCCCAGGGCGAGUUCGCCGGCCUGCGUGUCAUCAAGAAGUUCCAGGAGGCCACCGGCGCCGCCAAGCGCAACAUCUGCCUGAUCCCCGUGUCGGCGCACGGCACCAACCCGGCCAGCGCUGCCAUGGCCGGCAUGCGCGUGCUCACCAUCAAGUGUGACACCAAGACGGGCAACCUGGACCUGGCGGACCUCGAGGCCAAGUGCGAGAAGCACCAGGACGAGCUGGCCGCGGUUAUGAUCACCUACCCCAGCACCUUCGGCGUGUACGAGCCCGGCAUCAAGGCCGCGUGCGAGAUCGUGCACCGCCACGGCGGCCAGGUCUACAUGGACGGCGCCAACAUGAACGCCCAGAUCGGCCUGUGCUCGCCCGGCGAGAUCGGCGCCGACGUCUGCCACCUGAACCUGCACAAGACCUUCUGCAUCCCGCACGGCGGCGGCGGCCCCGGCGUCGGCCCCAUCGGCGUCGCCGAGCACCUGCGCCCCUACCUGCCGUCGCACCCGGUCAGCGAGGCCCUCCAGGCCAAGCGCUCCGACCAGGCGUCCCCGCCGAUCAGCGCCGCCCCCUGGGGCAGCGCCAGCAUCCUGCCCAUCACCUUCAACUACAUCAACAUGAUGGGCGCGCGGGGCCUGACGCACGCGACCAAGAUCACCCUGCUCAACGCCAACUACAUCCUGUCGCGUCUGCAGGACCACUACGAGAUCCUGUACACGAACGAGAACGGCCGCUGCGCGCACGAGUUCAUCCUCGACGUGCGCAAGUUCAAGGACGCCUGCGGCGUCGAGGCCAUCGACAUCGCCAAGCGUCUGCAAGACUACGGCUUCCACGCGCCCACCAUGUCGUGGCCCGUAGCUAACACGCUGAUGAUCGAGCCCACCGAGUCCGAGAACAAGGCCGAGCUGGACCGCUUCUGCGACGCGCUGAUCGCCAUUCGCGGCGAGAUCGCCGAGGUCGAGCAGGGUCAGCAGCCCCGCGAGGGCAACGUGCUCAAGCUGGCCCCGCACACCCAGCGGGACCUGCUGGCCACCGAGUGGAACCGUCCUUACACCCGCGAGGCGGCCGCCUAUCCGUUGCCGUACCUGGUGGAGAAGAAGUUCUGGCCCUCGGUGACCCGAGUGGAUGAUGCCUUCGGUGACCAGAACCUUUUCUGCACGUGUGGCCCGGUGGAGGAUACCGUUUAG